CCCUUCUCGUCCACAUCUCUCUCUCUCUCUCUCUCUCUUAUGAUUCAUUUAGCAAUUUUCUUUUUAGCUCUUCAGUACUUUUGUUUGAUCUACGAGGAAUUGCUCCUGGUUUAUUUGUUCAUUCUUAUGCGCUUGUUGAAUUUUCUUGCAAUGAGAAAACAAGGUUGCUGUUGAAACAUGAAGAAGAUGAUGAGUAGCUGGAAGGAUUUGGUUGAUGGAUUCUGUUUGGGGCUAAAUGAGAAAUUGAAACCACAGUUUAAGCUUUGGAUUUACCUCCUUUUCAUGUAUUAGCCUUUCUAGAAUUGGUGUUUUCCUUCAGAUCUAAGAAGUAUCAAGACAAGUAGUGUAAAAGAAGAUCUGCAGCUCAUGAAGGUGAUCUAGUAGUUCUGUCACCACCCUCCAAACCCUAGAAGGACAUAUCAGGGACAAGAUGAUGAUGAAUGGCUUGAUGCUCCAACAAUACCCAGUUAUGGAGCAGAAUAUGCCUGAUUUGACUUCUGCUUCAGCAAAUCAAACUCCAGUGGUGAAAAAGAAGAGAAACCUUCCUGGUAACCCAGACCCAGAUGCAGAAGUGAUAGCUUUGUCUCCUAAAACUCUUAUGGCCACAAAUAGGUUCGUGUGUGAGAUUUGCAACAAGGGAUUCCAGAGGGAUCAGAACCUUCAACUGCACAGGAGAGGACAUAAUGUUCCAUGGAAGCUAAAGACAAGAACAAGCAAAGAGGUAAGGAAGAAGGUAUAUGUGUGCCCAGAACCUACAUGUGUUCAUCAUGAGCCUUCAAGGGCUCUUGGGGAUCUCACAGGGAUCAAGAAGCACUUUUGCAGAAAGCAUGGGGAGAAGAAGUGGAAAUGUGACAAAUGUUCAAAACAUUAUGCAGUUCAAGCAGAUUGGAAAGCUCACUCCAAGACUUGUGGCACAAGAGAGUACAGAUGUGACUGUGGAACCCUUUUCUCAAGAAGGGAUAGUUUUAUCACUCACAGAGCUUUCUGUGAUGCUUUAUCAGAAGAGAGUGCAAGAGCUAUCACAACAAACCCAUUUCUCUCCUCUCAAUCUGGCACUUCAACAUCACAUAUAAACCUUUAUCCUCAAUUCAUCAAUGGUCAGGUUCUUCAAUCACUCUCCCUGAAAAAAGAGCAACAACAUCAACCACAAUAUUUCAAUCUUAAGCCAGAGAUUGAAAACCCUAACCCUAGCCCUAGUCCUUCUUUCUCCCAUUACCAUCCUUCAGCCUCUUUACACAUGUCAGCUACUGCAUUACUACAUAGUGCUGCUCAAAUGGGUUCCACAAUGAGUAAACCUUCAUCGUCAGCCAUGGUUAUACCCCACCAACCUCACAUGUCUAGUUUCGACUUGGGCUUGGCUUCACGUGAGGAGAUGGAAAGUGGGUUUGUUAAUGGAUCGGGCUCUUUCAGGGACGAAGCUGGUUUGACUUCUGUUCUUAUGGACCACGUAUCUGCUAAUUCAAAUGCAGUAGGAGAUCCUUCUCUACUUCAAGAUAUGAUGCGUUCCCUCUCUUCCGCAAGUGGGUUAAACAGUUCUUCCUUUGGAGAUGGCUUUGGUGGGAUGUCAAGUUCAAAGAGAGAUAUAAACCAGGAUAAACAUGAAACUUUCUCAAACACCAAGACAACAUCAUCAACUACCCAUCAUAGUAGACACGACGAAGGUGGCGGCGGCGGCCACGGCGGCAGUGGGGGUGGUGGUGGUGGUAAUGGGGGUGAUGGCUUGACAAGAGAUUUCUUGAGUCUUAGAGCCUUCUCUCACAGAGACAUUUUCAAUAUAGUUGGCCUGGAUCACUGCAUGAGUUCUUCUACGUACGAUCAUCAUCAGAGUCAGAAUAGAAAACCGUGGCAAGGUUAGCCUCUAAAAUUUGCUUGGUUUUUUUUUUUCCUAUAUGUUUUCUUUUCCUAUCUUCUGUUUUUCAUCAUGCUUGUGUUUAAUCAUUCCCCCCUUACAUUUCUCUCUUUUUGGUCUUCCCAAAGGGAGUGACCUUUUAUAAACCUAUUGAUAUU